UUUUUUUUUUUUUCUUUAAACCCCUCCCCCGACCCCUCCCACCCUCCUACAUUCUAAAGGUGUUUAAUCACGUUUUCAUUAUUAUUGGACAGAAUUGAUUAUGUUACUACCGAAAAACGUAUGUGCAAUAGUCAGAUUAUUUUGACCGAAGGAGAAUUUAAAUACGAGAACGGAAAGAAACGCUGCAAAAUGUUGCCACAGACUCCUGACAUCAUUCCCACUACUCUUAAUCAGCAAAAAUGCGUUAAAGCACGAGCAUUGUACGACAACAUAGCUGAAGCACCGGACGAAUUGGCUUUUAGAAAAGGUGAUGUUCUUACUGUGUUGGAACAGAACACGGCAGGUCUCGAAGGCUGGUGGUUGUGCGUCUUGCGAGGUAGACAGGUAACAAACGGACCUUAUUUUAUUUCUUUACCUUCUAAUUUUAUUCUAUACGCUUUAUUAGUUCGUAUUAUUCUGGAUCGAUGUUCAUUUUCAAAGAAGAAAAAGUAUUAUUACUCAAUGGAAGAAUGA